UGCGCUAUGCAAGUGCACGGCAGCGAGCUGGGAUCAGAGCUGAGCGCAUCGGGCAGCCAGCCACUUGGAGCAGUCACUAAGCAGGCGCUGGCCAGGCGGGGACCCAGCUGCCCCCUGCUCGCCUAGCUCCGCCGGGAUCGGAUGGAGACAGCAUCGCGGUAUGCUCUGCAAGUGAUCUUUGACUUUGCAGUCUGCAGAUGUGAGCAGUGUGUGUGUUACCAUUUCUACACCACUGCUGAGGAGACCUUGGCCCAGAGAGCAGCUUCGAAACCAAAUGGAGUACAUUGUCCAUCCUUGGCAUACACACAUCAACAAAUAAGAGUGAGGGCCAACCAAGCCAGAGUUCCUGUUUCAUAGCUGUCUUUAGCUGCUCCUGCUGUACACUGUUCUACCCAUUCUUCUGAAACAGAAUGGGGUACAGUUUGCAUCCCGUGUGGCUUCUACUGGUCACCCUCCCUGCUGUUUUCUUCAUGCUCUGUGCAUCAGAGUCCGUGCCAGAAAAGGACCAGGCUGCCCCCUCUGUCUCGCCUUCUGCCAAUGAAAGUGGUGCUGGAGUCCCUGGCUCCUGUUUAGAGAAAGUGGAAUGCAAGCCAGGAAUUAUGCUGCCUGUCUGGGAGCCACAGAGUCCUUCCCCUGGGGACAAGGUGGCUCGGGCCAUUGUCUACUUUGUGGCACUUGCAUAUAUGUUCUUGGGUGUCUCCAUCAUUGCUGAUCGUUUCAUGGCUUCCAUUGAGGUCAUCACAUCUCAGGAGAAGGAGGUCACCAUUACCAAGCCAAAUGGUGAGACUACUGUGGCCACCGUCCGUAUUUGGAACGAGACAGUGUCUAACCUCACCCUCAUGGCAUUGGGGUCAUCAGCCCCUGAAAUCCUGCUCUCUGUUAUUGAGGUGGUGGGACAUGGGUUCAAGGCAGGUGACCUGGGGCCAGGCACUAUUGUGGGUAGUGCUGCCUUCAACAUGUUUGUCAUCAUUGGCAUCUGUGUAUGGGUCAUCCCUGAAGGGGAAUCGAGGAAGAUCAAACACCCCCCGGUAUUUUUUGUCACUGCCACCUGGAGCAUCUUUGCCUACAUCUGGCUCUACCUAAUCCUGGCUGUGUUCUCACCAGGCGUGGUCAAGGUGUGGGAGGCCCUGGUAACCCUGCUGUUCUUCCCAAUAUGUGUGGUCUUUGCUUGGGUGGCAGACAGACGACUCCUCUUUUACAAAUAUAUGUACAAACGGUACCGUGCUGACAAGAGGCGAGGCAUCAUUGUGGAAACAGAAGGGGAGCUCCCGCCUAAGGGGAUCGAGAUGAUGAUGGAUGGAAAGUUCCCCUCUAGUGGAAGUGGAGGUGCCUCUGUGACUGAGGGUUUUCUGGAAGGCAGUGCUGGUCUGGCCAUGGCUGCAGCGUCCCUUGAAGCUAGCAAAGAGCUUGACGAGAGCCGUAAAGAGGUCAUCCGCAUCCUCAAGGACCUGAAACAAAAACACCCAGACAAGGAGCUGGAACAGCUGGUCGAAAUGGCCAACUAUUAUGCUCUGCUGCACCAGCAGAAGAGUCGUGCCUUUUACCGUGUCCAGGCCACACGCAUGAUGAUUGGUGCCGGUAAUGUGCUGAAGAAGCAUGCAGCUGACCAUGCCAAGCGAGCAGCCAACCUGGAGGAAGUCCAGACUGAGCAAGCCCAGGAGAACUGUAGCCACAUCUCCUUUGAACUGGCCCACUACCAAUGUGUGGAAAACUGUGGCAUGUUGACACUCACAGCAAUAUGCAGUGGUGGAGAGGGGCAGUCCACUUUCUACGUGGACUACCGCACGGAGGAUGGUUCUGCCAAUGCAGGCUCUGACUAUGAAUAUAGUGAGGGCACCCUGAUAUUCAAACCAGGAGAGACACGCAAAGAAAUUCAGGUAGGCAUUAUUGAUGACGAUAUCUUUGAAGAAGACGAGCACUUCUUUGUGCGUCUCCUGAAUCUUCGUGUUGGUGAUGCAGAGGGCAUGUUUGAGUGUGAUUCCUCACCAAACUCUCCAAAAGGCCGACUGGUCGAGCCAGUGAUGGCCAUGGUAACUAUCCUUGAUGACGACCAUGCUGGCAUCUUCACUUUUGGCGAGAGGGUGACACGUGUAAGUGAAAGUGUGGGCACCAUGGAAGUGGCCGUUCUGCGAAACUCAGGAGCCAGGGGCACGGUGGUGGUACCAUAUCACACAGAGGAUGGGACUGCCCGCGGAAGUGGUGUAGACUAUGAGGACAGCAGGGGAGAAUUGGAGUUCAGCAACGAUGAGACUGUAAAAAAGCUGCAGGUUCGAAUCAUCGAUGAUGAGGAAUAUGAGAAGCAGGAGAACUUCUUCAUUGUUCUGGAGGAGCCUUGCUGGCUAAAGAGAGGAAUAUCAGCUCUGCUACUGAACCAAGAGGACCCAGAGGGAAAGCCAACUGCAGAGGAAGAGGAAGCACGUAGAAUUGCAGAGAUGGGAAAGCCAAUACUUGGGGAACACAGCAAGCUAGAAGUCAUAAUAGAGGAAUCUUAUGAAUUCAAGAAUACAGUGGACAAACUUAUCAAAAAAACCAACCUUGCACUGGUGAUUGGCACACACUCAUGGAGAGAACAGUUCCUGGAGGCAGUCACAGUCAGCGCAGGUGAUGGUGAUGAAGAUGACGAAGAAGGCCGUGAGGAACGACUACCAUCAUGUUUUGACUAUGUGAUGCAUUUUCUUACGGUGUUCUGGAAGGUGCUGUUUGCUUGUGUACCACCAACUGAAUACUGGAAUGGCUGGGCCUGCUUCUUUGUCUGUAUUUUGGUCAUUGGGCUCCUCACAGCUCUGAUUGGAGACUUAGCUUCGCAUUUUGGCUGCACGGUGGGGUUGAAGGAUGCAGUAACUGCAGUGGUGUUUGUAGCUCUGGGCACCUCCAUACCAGACACCUUUGCCAGUAAGGUGGCAGCAAUUCAGGACCAGUAUGCAGAUGCCUCCAUUGGCAACGUGACAGGCAGCAAUGCAGUCAAUGUGUUCCUGGGCAUCGGUGUGGCUUGGUCUGUGGCAGCCAUCUACUGGAACUCCCAAGGAAAGGACUUCAUAGUGUAUCCAGGAUCGCUGGCUUUCUCUGUCACCCUCUUCACCAUCUUCGCCUUUGUUAAUAUGGCAGUUCUGUUGUACCGGCGCCGACCAUCAGUUGGUGGGGAGCUGGGGGGCUUGCGGACCCCCAAGAUCAUGACCAGCUUGUUCUUUUUUGGCCUCUGGUUUCUUUACAUCCUAUUUGCCAGUCUGGAGGCCUACUGCCACAUCAAAGGAUUCUAACUGAACCAGACAGCUGGGUCCAUUGGGCAGCAUCCUCUCAUGACUCUGCUUCUUUGUUUACUCCAGAGUCCAGUCCGAAGAGCAGCCUUAGUGACCUCUUGCUUACAUCACCAGAUGGAGCCUUCAAAAUAUUAUUGUGGCUGCAUUCUGGUUCUUACAGACCAUCUGGUCAGGGCAAGUGUGCAUAGCCUCUUGGCACAUUCCUGUCUUGUUCCCUCUGAUCUCUUCUCUGUAGACAGGUUGGACUCUGGUCUCAUUCUUCUCCUCCAUCCAAAUUCCAUUGUCCUCCAGUCAUUUCUAGCUGAAUGUACUUGCCUUUUAUAGGAGGCUUUCAUCAGAACGUGACAUCAUUUGGUUACAUUGUGUCUGACGUCCUCUAAUGCAAACACACAGUAAUCAGGCACACAAAGUCUUAAAUGAAUACUCCACCCAAAAGUAUAUUUUUUCAAAUGUUACUUACCCCAUGUAGUUUGUGGUGAUGGCUGGGAUAAAUUUAUAUUUUCAUUUUGUAGUGGAGAACGGACAUAACAACUUUUAUGAUACAAUGGGAGCCUGUGGUGACCAAUGCCAGACAACAGCAAACAAGCACACACAUGGCCCCCUGAAGCUCACACACAGUAUAUUCCAUACAAACACAACAGAACUUAAUACUUGAUCUUUUUUCACACGCACACAUACUCAUUCACAUAUAGUCUUGCAAAUAUGCCCUCUGUGUUAUUUCCCAAUCUAUUGCAUGAGUAUAUGCAACUUUGUUGACCAGUGUAUAUUUAUACUUCUACACCUACUCAAACAUAUAUUUCUCACUUCACAAACAUCACAACAACACUCAUACACAUACAAUUCACACUCUUGACAAGCCUGAAUACGGAUUCACCAAUUCUGCUGGAUGAACUUAAUACCAGUAGUAUAUGGUGGAGGUUAUAUGAACAAGAGACCGAAGCUCAGGCUCCAAGAAACCUGGACUGGAAUGAUGCCCAGACUGCCUGUUGGAGUGAGCAGGACUGCAGUGCUCCUUCCACGUGUUUUACUGUCUUUACCUUGAUGAAUUAAACUUUGAGUAUACUUCUUGUAUUCAGCCUGAGUGCUGAACUUGCACUCCAUGAGUAUAAUGCUGCCAGUGCCUUGGCUGUGGCUCCAACUGCACCUUCAGCUCUGGUUCCAGCUCAACUCCAACUGCAGAUUCAUGUCUCGAUUCUUCUCCAUCUGCAGCUUGUCCUCCCUGGAACCAAUUUGUUCUUGUAAUUGUUAUCAUCUUGUUUCUAUUGUGAUGUCUGCAUGUUUUUUUCUGGGAUCUUGCCGGGUAUCAGCAUGAGCUGGGUGUCUUACUUUUUCUAAAUCUUUUAAGUCUGACACAAAUUUACAGUGAAUAUUUGUUUACCUUUUACUGCACUUUCCCUGCAGUUCUUGAUAUCACUGUAGUCCAUUGUCCUUCAGUGCUUUUUUAGGCCCUAACUACCAUCCCAGUUCCUAGUGUAGCACAUUGCAGUGAAGUGAUGGUACCAAUCCAUUCUUACAUUAAAUACCAAUUCUAGCUGUUCAGACUACAGAGGCCCUUCAUUAGCUCAGCCAAUUAGAAUGCUUGCAUAUUUGAAAGAUGGAGGAACUUUCACCAACACAGCCCUGGAUCAAUCCAAGGUAGGGAACAAGCCUAAUUACAAUAUUCGAACAUUACCUGGAACAUUACUUUGUCAAAGAAUGCACCAAUACCCAUUGCAGUACUGAACCAGGGGUGUUUUUAGAUUUGCAGAUAUCAGGGUCUUAGCCACCCUUGAAGUUUCCUAAUCAUCUUAUUAAUGUAUAAAACCAAAGAAUGAGGAGGGAAGGUACCCCUGAAGUUUUGCAAUUGACCCCCGGUGGGAUUUUGCCCACUGAUCAUUGGCUAAAUCAUAUAUGAUGGGAGAGAAAAUCAGGGGCUUGCAGCUAUUGAUCUAAGAUAUUAUCAAUAAAAAGAGCAGGGCCUGAGCAAAUAAAUCUGGGGCUUAAGCCUCUGAAGCCAAAAACAUCACUGCACUGAACCCUACAUUCCCUGCAAUUCAAUCAGCAAAAAAUAAAAACCUAGGAUUACAAUUUUCCUAUUAUUAUAUUCCACUCAUAGGUAACAGCAUUACACUUUGCUGGGUCCCACUACUGUAUGUGCUAAAUGUAAUCAUUAAGAGGUUCACCAUUUUUGUUUUUCACUUCUUUCUUUAAUUUUCUUGGUCUAAGUCCACUCCUGAAUACUAACCGUACACUCUAGUUCCCCUGUCCUCCUCACGUUUCUCCACUGUGUAUAUAUCACUUUGCACAACCUACAGUAUCUGCAUAAUUUAGUGUAUUAAAUUUUUGAAUAUUCAGUUUAAUACUAUAAAGAUGUCGCAACACUCCAAGUAUAACAGUAAACUUUUUCAAUUUUUAAGAACAAACAUAACAUAACACAACGCUCUUGAAGCUGCCAAAUGCAAUUUAGGCUCCAAGGGAGACUGAAGCCUAUUCUGGCAGGAUCAGGCACAAGGCAGAAAGCAGUCACGGACAGGAUGCUCGUCCAUACAGGUCCCACCUACACAUAUAUACCCACUUCUCCACUGACACAGGGCCAUUAUGGAAUUGCCAAUUAAUUCAACCUGCACAUCUUUGGAGAUGUAGGAGAAAAACCUGAGUACACAGAGGAAAUCUGUGCAGAUACUUAAAUAUUCACUUAAGAUAUUAAAUUCUCUCAUAUACCGUGUUCUAAUCAUAUUCCCUAAUCUUUUUAUUUCUUGUGCUUUACCUUGGUUUCUGUUAUCAUGAUUUAAACCCUGAUGCUGUCUAUCUCUAUACACACAGCAUUCCAGUACUCCACAUAUAAUAAUACAUUUUUAGUACUUCUCACUCUAAGUCUGCUAGAAAGCUGCACACUUUAUAAUUUUAAUUUUCACUGUAUUCAUAUCUCUGCCCUAAUAAUUUUCCAGUAAAUGUAAGUGCUUUCUUACAGUAUUACAUUUUCUAGUUCCUUCCUCUCAAUUCUCUAAUAUACCCGUGGUAUGUUCAUUUUCAGUAUCAUCUCUUCCUCCCCCUCACUAUUGCUGUACUCCUUGAAAAAGAACAAGUGUUUUGACUUUCUUGUUCUUUUCUUUUAUCCACCAUUCACUAGACAAAGGUGUCAUUUACUUUACUGAAGUCUGUUUCUUUAAUAUAUGUUACUAAGCAAAACAAUGCACUCUUUUACUAUCAGCCUAUUGCUACACUACAUCUUUUGCUUUCCAGGACAUUUCUGCACACUUGAGUAUUAUUGUUACAUUAUCUAUUGUUCCACAUACAAUAAGGGAUACCCUUCUUCAUGCCCUGCCAUAUGAUCUACACCAUUCAAUACUUUGAACUUCUACUAUUACUCUUUUAAGUACUCUUCUUCCUAGAACAGCUGCAUUUUCGCAGUAAUUGGCCUUCUAUUCCUCCACUCUCUAUUACUAUAAACGUAGGCCCAACACUACAAGGUACUUCUCACUAGUCCAAUCCCCAGUUCAUCUCAGCAAUUAAUUUUACAUGGUCUCCUCUAAUCCCCAGUAAAAAGGUUCAUAUUACACCACUAUAUUAGCAUGUAAUCAGUUGUGCUCCAUUGUAUUAUCUCUACACUUUUAAGAUUUCUAAUCCACUUUGCUUUGGUAUAUUUUGAUACUGGAACUUACAAUUCUAUGUUCUUCUAUACACAACUACCCGUAAUUCACUUGCCAGUACUUCUGUCCUCAUUAUUAUCGAGCUACACUGAGGUGAAGAGCCAUAGUACGGAAGCUUCCUGGGCAAUGGAAACAUUCCUUUAACUUGGCAGGCUGAGUUAUGGCUGGGCUGAUGGUUGAGAUUUUGGAGGUUUGAGUCCAGGAAGUGACUGACCAUCGACCAUAAAAAAAAGCUAUGAUACAUUCUCUUCCAGUCCAAUUUCCAGCAAUUCACUAGUGUUCUGUAAUUUAGCUUAAAAUACUUGACCUUCCUUUCCCAUUCCUACACUGUCCUGUACUGUAUAUCACCAUGCUCCUCAAUACAAUGCAAUACAAUACAAUUUAUUUUUGUAUAGCCCAAAAUCACACACAAAGUGCCGCAAUGGGCUUUAACAGGCCCUUCCCUUGUAGGGAAAAAAUGGAAGAAACCUUGGAAAAGGCAGUUCAAAAAGAGACCCCUUUCCAGGUAGGUUGGGCGCGCAGUGGGUGUCAAAAAGAAAGGGGUCAAUACAAUACACAGAACAAAUCCUCAAUACAGUAUAAAAAUAAAACUUUUCCUCAGUAUGUCACCUCCCAGUGGUCUGUUCCCCACAACACUACUAAACAUAUAGUCCUCAGGAUCUCAGCCUCCAGCAAUUCACUGCCGUUUCCAGUGCUUCACUAUCCAGUACUUAAGUCUCUAUUGCUAUUUAUAAACUCUCUGGUUAUUUACAGUUCAACAACUCACAGUAUUAUUGGUACACAACCAAGUGUAGUUUGCCUAAUUUUUUUUAUGUAUUGCUUAUAAACAUUAUGGUGAAUUUGUCAGAGAGUCCAUGAGUGAAUGCCAUGUGUCGCAGUGGCCAUGAGAAGGAGUCUCUCAGAAGUCCAUGGUUGGCAUUAUGCUCAAUCCCAUGCUCGUUUCUGUUUUCUGUUCAUUCAUUCCCUUUGUAUAUCCGUGUGAACGUCUUUUGCCUGUUUACCUUAAAGGAAGGAGAUGUCAGCAUGAGUUUAGAAGCACUGAUAUUUGUGUAGAGGAUGACUUUAAUAAAUACAGUUGAUAUA